UCCUAUAGACAUCACUACUGUAGCUCCUUUGAACCCCACAAUUGCAACUUCUUCUUCAACAACUGUAGCUCCAACGAUCACUACAACUGCAGAAGCUCCUACAACAACAACUGUAGCUGCUUCUACAUUUACUACUGCAUCCCCUACUGCAACCACAACAGAAGCUCCUUCUACAACAACUGUAGCACCAAUGACUUUAGGAACAACAGUCCCAACGACAACUGCAGCUAAUUCCUCAACUGUAUCUCCUUCAAUGCCAAUCCCAACUGCAGCUCCUACAACAACAACUCUUGCUCAUUCGACCUCUACAACUUCAGCACCCACUACUUUAUUCACAACUGCAGGUCCUACUACCAUUUUACCUCCUUCGACAACCACAACAACAUCCACUACAACAACUGUUGCUCCUUCAAUGUCAAUCUCAACUGCAGGUCCUACUACCAAUUUAACUCCAACGACAACCACAACUGAAGCUCUUACAGACAUCACAACUGUAGCUCCUAUGCCCCCCACAAUUGCAACUUCAACUACAACUGUAGCAUCACCUACAACAACAACUGCAGAUGCUUCCACCACCACAAGUGCAGCACCUACUACAUCAAUCCCAACUGCAGGUCCUACUACCAUUUUGACUACUAAGACAAUCAGAACUGAAUCUCCUAUAGACAUCACUACUGUAGCUCCUUUGAACCCCACAAUUGCAGCUUCUACUUCAACAACUGUUGCUCCCACGACAACAACUGCAGCAGCUCCUAUAACAACAACUGUAGCUGCUUCCAUAAAUGCAACAGCAGCAUCUACUACGUCAAUCACAACUGUAGGUCCUACUAACAUUUUAACUCCAACGACAAGCACAACUGAGGCUCCUAUAGACAUCACUACUGUAGCUCCUUUGAACCCCACAAUUGCAACUUCUUCUUCAACAACUGUAGCUCCAACGAUCACUACAACUGCAGAAGCUCCUACAACAACAACUGUAGCUGCUUCUACAUUUACUACUGCAUCCCCUACUGCAACCACAACAGAAGCUCCUUCUACAACAACUGUAGCACCAAUGACUUUAGGAACAACAGUCCCAACGACAACUGCAGCUAAUUCCUCAACUGUAGCUCCUUCAAUGCCAAUCCCAACUGCAGCUCCUACAACAACAACUCUUGCUCAUUCGACCUCUACAACUUCAGCACCCACUACUUUAUUCACAACUGCAGGUGCUACUACCAUUUUACCUCCUUCGACAACCACAACAACAUCCACUACAACAACUGUUGCUCCUUCAAUGUCAAUCUCAACUGCAGGUCCUACUACCAAUUUAACUCCAACGACAACCACAACUGAAGCUCUUACAGAAAUCACAACUGUAGCUCCUAUGCCCCCCACAAUUGCAACUUCAACUGCAGCAUCACCUACAACAACAACUGCAGAUGCUUCCACAACCACAGGUGCAGCACUUACUACAUCAAUCUCAACUGCAGGUCCUACUGACAUUUUGACUACUAAGACAAUCACAACUGAAUCUCCUACAGAAAUCACAACUGUAGCUCUUAUGACCCCCACAAUUGCAGCUUCUACUUCAACAACUGUUGCUCCCACGACAACAACUGCAGCAGCUCCUAUAACAACAACUGUAGCUGCUUCCAUAAACGCAACAGCAGCACCUACUACGUCAAUCACAACUGCAGGUCCUACUAACAUUUUAACUCCAACGACAAGCACAACUGAGGCUCCUAUAGACAUCACUACUGUAGCUCCUAUGCCCCCCACAAUUGCAACUUCAACUACAACUGUAGCAUCACCUACAACAACAACUGCAGAUGCUUCCACCACCACAAGUGCAGCACCUACUACAUCAAUCCCAACUGCAGGUCCUACUACCAUUUUGACUACUAAGACAAUCACAACUGAAUCUCCUAUAGACAUCACUACUGUAGCUCCUUUGAACCCCACAAUUGCAGCUUCUACUUCAACAACUGUUGCUCCCACGACAACAACUGCAGCAGCUCCUAUAACAGCAACUGUAGCUGCUUCCAUAAACGCAACAGCAGCAUCUACUACGUCAAUCACAACUGCAGGUCCUACUAACAUUUUAACUCCAACGACAAGCACAACUGAGGCUCCUAUAGACAUCACUACUGUAGCUCCUUUGAACCCCACAAUUGCAACUUCUUCUUCAACAACUGUAGCUCCAACGAUCACUACAACUGCAGAAGCUCCUACAACAACAACUGUAGCUGCUUCUACAUUUACUACUGCAUCCCCUACUGCAACCACAACAGAAGCUCCUUCUACAACAACUGUAGCACCAAUGACUUUAGGAACAACAGUCCCAACGACAACUGCAGCUAAUUCCUCAACUGUAGCUCCUUCAAUGCCAAUCCCAACUGCAGCUCCUACAACAACAACUCUUGCUCAUUCGACCUCUACAACUUCAGCACCCACUACUUUAUUCACAACUGCAGGUCCUACUACCAUUUUACCUCCUUCGACAACCACAACAACAUCCACUACAACAACUGUUGCUCCUUCAAUGUCAAUCUCAACUGCAGGUCCUACUACCAAUUUAACUCCAACGACAACCACAACUGAAGCUCUUACAGAAAUCACAACUGUAGCUCCUAUGCCCCCCACAAUUGCAACUUCAACUGCAGCAUCACCUACAACAACAACUGCAGAUGCUUCCACAACCACAGGUGCAGCACUUACUACAUCAAUCUCAACUGCAGGUCCUACUACCAUUUUGACUACUAAGACAAUCACAACUGAAUCUCCUACAGAAAUCACAACUGUAGCUCUUAUGACCCCCACAAUUGCAGCUUCUACUUCAACAACUGUUGCUCCCACGACAACAACUGCAGCAGCUCCUAUAACAACAACUGUAGCUGCUUCCAUAAACGCAACAGCAGCACCUACUACGUCAAUCACAACUGCAGGUCCUACUAACAUUUUAACUCCAACGACAAGCACAACUGAGGCUCCUAUAGACAUCACUACUGUAGCUCCUAUGCCCCCCACAAUUGCAACUUCAACUACAACUGUAGCAUCACCUACAACAACAACUGCAGAUGCUUCCACCACCACAAGUGCAGCACCUACUACAUCAAUCCCAACUGCAGGUCCUACUACCAUUUUGACUACUAAGGCAAUCACAACUGAAUCUCCUAUAGACAUCACUACUGUAGCUCAUUUGAACCCCACAAUUGCAGCUUCUACUUCAACAACUGUUGCUCCCACGACAACAACUGCAGCAGCUCCUAUAACAACAACUGUAGCUGCUUCCAUAAACGCAACAGCAGCAUCUACUACGUCAAUCACAACUGCAGGUCCUACUAACAUUUUAACUCCAACGACAAGCACAACUGAGGCUCCUAUAGACAUCACUACUGUAGCUCCUUUGAACCCCACAAUUGCAACUUCUUCUUCAACAACUGUAGCUCCAACGAUCACUACAACUGCAGAAGCUCCUACAACAACAACUGUAGCUGCUUCUACAUUUACUACUGCAUCCCCUACUGCAACCACAACAGAAGCUCCUUCUACAACAACUGUAGCACCAAUGACUUUAGGAACAACAGUCCCAACGACAACUGCAGCUAAUUCCUCAACUGUAGCUCCUUCAAUGCCAAUCCCAACUGCAGCUCCUACAACAACAACUCUUGCUCAUUCAACCUCUACAACUUCAGCACCCACUACUUUAUUCACAACUGCAGGUCCUACUACCAUUUUACCUCCUUCGACAACCACAACAACAUCCAAUACAACAACUGUUGAUCCUUCAAUGUCAAUCUCAACUGCAGGUCCUACUACCAAUUUAACUCCAACGACAACCACAACUGAAGCUCUUACAGACAUCACAACUGUAGCUCCUAUGCCCCCCACAAUUGCAACUUCAACUGCAGCAUCACCUACAACAACAACUGCAGAUGCUUCCACAACCACAGGUGCAACACUUACUACAUCAAUCUCAACUGCAGGUCCUACUACCAUUUUGACUCCUAAGACAAUCACAAUUGAAGCUCCUACAGAAAUCACAACUGUAGCUCUUAUACCCCCCACAAUUGCAACUUCAACUACAACUGUAGCAUCACCUACAACAGCAACUGCAGAUGCUUCCACCACCACAAGUGCAGCUCCUACUACAUCAAUCCCAACUGCAGGUCCAACUACCAUUUUGACUACUAAGACAAUCACAACUGAAUCUCCUACAGAAAUCACAACUGAAGCUCUUAUGACCCCCACAAUUGCAGCUUCUACUUCAACAACUGUUGCUCCCACGACAACAACUGCAGCAGCUCCUAUAACAACAACUGUAGCUGCUUCCAUAAACGCAACAGCAGCAUCUACUACGUCAAUCACAACUGCAGGUCCUACUAACAUUUUAACUCCAACGACAAGCACAACUGAGGCUCCUAUAGACAUCACUACUGUAGCUCCUUUGAACCCCACAAUUGCAACUUCUUCUUCAACAACUGUAGCUCCAACGAUCACUACAACUGCAGAAGCUCCUACAUUUACUACUGCAUCCCCUAAUGCAACCACAACAGAAGCUCCUUCUACAACAACUAAAUCACAACUGUAG